CGAAUUCAACCCGACGAAAUAGGAACCCUUACCAAUUGUCCUACGACGGGAACAAGUGCGGCGCGCACGCCAUGCUGCAUCUGGAACAUGGUCGCCACGUCCUCCUCGCUCUAAUGCGCUGCCAGCAGCAGCUCAGUUCAUUCUCACUUUUACUUCCAAGUCCCAAAGUCUCCACUACCAACUCCACCCCCCCCACUCUAAAGCCAUGAAGGUGUUCCAGGUCCUCGUUAUUGCCGCCCUCGCUUUCGCCGCCGUGAACGGCCAAGCCGCCACCUCGACGGCCGCUUCCACUACCGGAUCGGCCGCCGCCACCGCCACCUCGGCCGCUGACGCCACCGCCACGUCGGGUGCUGCCGCCACCACGGCCACUUCGGGCGCUGACGCCACCACCGCCGCCUCGGGCGCUGUGGACUCGACGGUCGGUGCCACCAGCACCACGGGCUCGGCCGGCACGGUGGGCUCCAGCACGACUGACACGACCUCGUCCAGCACCCCGGACUCGUCGUCCACCACCGACAGCACCACGUCCGGCUCCACCGCUGCCAGCGCCUCGGCUUCGGCUUCAGGCUCGAGCGGCGCUGCGCAGAUCACCAUGGGCGCGGCCUGCGCCACCGUCAUGGCCGUCGGCGCCUACUUCCUGUAAACUGUCUGAAAAGAGCCGAGCGGAGUGGCCAAGUGCCCAUUUCGACCAAGUUUUUGGGUUUUUCUAGUUGCAGCACUGUAAAGCGCAAGCAAUAGACGUUUAUUUGCUGGUUUUUCCUCUUGUUGCCGGGAUAAGAAUGAAUGUUGUUGCUUUUGACUUCAAGGAUCGAUGAAGCCUGAGAAUGGCACUGAGAGCGUUCGGACGAUGGGAAACUUUCGCGAGGUUGAGCCAGCACACG